AGAAUAUGGAAAUCUGUGAUGCAAGAGUGCAUGAUCUAGCCAACUCUCAUGGGAUUGCGCAUGACAAGUUCCGGAGCCCCAAACCCCACAACAAUCCGGCGAAAUUUGUAUUGCAGAAAGUGGAACACUCUGCGAGGUUGUCAUGCUCAACUUGCAAGACAAAUCUCAGACUCUAUUGUAACGUUUGAGAUUGUAACAUCUGAGCGGGUUAUAGAUGAAGAUGAUGAUUUUUUACGGAGUGGAAGGUUUUAUAGAUUUCUAUCGAAGAGCAAGAGGGGGCCUACGAAGUUUUUCAAAUGCACUUGCGGAUGUAUUAAUUUCUUCUAGAAAGAGCAGGAACCUCCUGUGAAGGCCGUCGCCUGAGGAGAUCUCCCGGUCGUAACGUGGGGAGAAGCAGGCCGCAUGCUUAUCAGGGCAAGCGGUUAGUGGAUCUGGUUGAAAGAGUGGCCCCAGUGAAUGAGGGCCGCCGCCUCUCAUGAUGUCACCUAGUAGACCAUAUAUAAGCGCUGGCCUUGUUGUUCUACGGAGAGCUAGCAGCAAGCAACUCCGUGGCCCAUGCGCUUGCGUUGCUGCGCAGGUUCGCAACAAAAAGGCACGCCGCCGCUGUGCUGUUCGUUGCCUGCCACUCGGGUGCCGCGGCUGCGCCUCGCGCGUCCGCAGGACGCGACCGGGCAGCAAGCCGAGUGGCACCGCCGACGAGCGCAGCUGCGCUACCGUCAGGGGAGCGCAGCCACCCAGAUGGCUGGCCACCCCACCCUCCCGGAUGCCGCCCCUUAUCCGAGCUCGGCCAAGCCCAUACCGAGAAUUAUAGCGCCGACCGUUGAUAGUGCGCGGCCACCCGGUUGGUCGGUACUAUGAAGAGCGCGCCACGACAGGCGAGCCCUGUGGCACCACUGAAACGGCCACACAGCAACACACUGGCGGCGCACAACCGCCCACGAGUUGAGCGCCCCCAGACAUGCAGAUGCUUGCUGUGGCUACGCAGUGCAAUUCCAAAUCGGACGAAAAUCUACGGCAGUCGUGGGGAGGUGUUGGUGUUCGCGAGGCACUACGUCCGACGCGCCUCCGAGCCGUGAGGGCACUCGGAAGGGUAGGAGAGAGGGACCGAGAGUGCACCUGCUCCGGGUGCGGGAGAUCCUGGCGAGACAGAUCCCACAAUGCACUGAGGCCCAUCCGUCCCCUUGUACGUGCGAUGUUUGUGCACAGUGGUCGGCAUCGCCUGUGGCUUCGAAAAUAAUAGAAAGAGCAGGAAGGGCUAGGGCAAGAAGUGCGUCAUGUGAAGAAAAAAAGAACCCUUGUAAAAUGCCACCAGAGUCCAAGGAAUUCUACGUGUAAACAAAAGAACGUGACGAUUAUCCUGAGUAAAAACGUACCCACACCAGAGUCAGGAUGGGGAAUCUGCUAGACAAAUCAGCCAGCUUUGGUUGUUUGGCAUGACAAGUUUGCCCGCGUAGUGUAGUGCUGUUGGAGCUAGUUUAGCAGCAUUACAGAUCUAGCCUCUCGCGCUGAUUGGAGCAUGACAAAUUUCAAAACCGCAUUAGAAAAUGCUUCUCA